CACAGCCAAACACUGUUAGAGUCAUAACACAAAAUCUAAGUCUUAUCAAAUUGUUAUCAUAUAAGUGGUCACAAUAUUGUGAUAAUCAGUUUAAAAUCUGGCACAACCACCGAAUCAACAAGAAUUUCACUCUCGGAUCAAUUGUGUGAAGACAUCGCAACCAUUUCCAACUUCAACUCAAUUUGAUUUCGACCAAAAACUCUCUUAUCAUUGGUUUAACACUUCUCACAAUCAAAGGAAUUAUAACAAGUCUGGAACAGACUUUAAGAGUAAUCACAAAAAGUUGAGAACAGAAAGUCCAAACUUUGGACAAUAUUCUCAAUUCAACUGCAAUUCAAAUCCUUAUUGUUAUUUUGCAAACUAUAACAACUCGACCACUGGAGCCAAAGUGCACGGUAUCGAUACCGUCGCGCAAACACUUCAGAGGGCAUUGAAAUUGGACACAACCAUGAUAUUACUCCAACAACCACAGAGUGCUUCCUUUGGUAGUACCGGUGCACUGCUGGGCCCCGAUCUCGGCAUCACUUCUUAUAACAUUGACGACUCUUUCGAAGACUUCAAACUCUUUGACUUUCCUAUUGAGGACUCGUUAGACGACGAGUCAAACUUUGUUGACUUCACUGAUAUGUAUAGUCAACCCGAACAACAGUCAUCUCCACAGACUUGUCCCUCAACUGCUCCGUCGACUACGUGUUCGCUUGAAUCAGUUUCGGUGACGUCGACGCCAUCCACUCCGAGCGCUGCAACUCUUCCCAGUUUUCUUGAGACAUAUUCUCCUCGAUAUCGACAACCAGUUUCUACGUCUGGAAUGUAUUUUAAGUUUGAAGACAUUGGAUCUGAAGAGGAUUCUAUGGAAAGCGAGACCUUCUCUCUGCAGCGCUCCAAUGUUUCAGUCGCUUCGGUCAGCUCUCCAUCUCUAUCUCCCGCCUCCUUCUGUGGACAUCAAUCCAAUACCAACUCUAACGCAUUGGUUCUCAAACAAGAGAUGCCCGACACUUAUAUGACACCCACUGGACAGACACCGAUGGAUAUGAGCUAUGGAGCGCCCGCACCAGUGACUCAACGCAACGCAUACCCGACACCACCGACCGGUGCAACCUAUCCAUCGCCCAGUGAUAAACCGAUUGUCGCCAAUUCAACGCAACAACACUAUCAGUUCAACAAUUAUACGCCUUCGCCCCUUCAGUCUCAGCCCAAUAACAAUGCUUUUGCACAGCAGAGCACGUCUUAUCACUGCUCAUCGCUUGAAUCAAAAACAAGUUUCUGUCCCUCACUUCACAACAUAUCUUCAUAUCCAACAACUGAACCAUUAUUACCUCGAAUUAACAGUGAGAAAGUGCAGCGCAAACCCGCCCUAACUCUUCCGAGUCCUCCGCCUUCUGAAGCGAGUGUCCGAAUGCAUACUCCGACGACUCCCACAUCUAAUUCUUCUCGAUCUUCGCCUAAUGAGUCUCCGUCUCCGAGUCAGUUGUGUGCAGUUUGUGGUGAUAACGCCGCCUGUCAGCACUAUGGCGUCCGCACAUGUGAAGGAUGUAAAGGAUUUUUUAAGCGAACUGUUCAGAAGGGGGCUAAGUAUGUAUGUCUGGGUAAUAAGGACUGUCCCGUCGAUAAGAGGAGGAGAAAUAGGUGUCAGUUUUGCAGAUUCCAGAAAUGUUUGGCCGUAGGAAUGGUUAAAGAAGUGGUUCGAACCGAUAAUCUUAAAGGAAGAAGAGGUCGAUUGCCAUCAAAACCUAAGUCACCCCAAGAAUCGCCUCCUUCUCCACCUGUGAGCACAAUAACAGCACUUGUGAGGGCACACGUGGACACAACACCCGACUUGGCUAACCUUGAUUACACUCUUAGUUUUGGCGAUUGGUUGUCGUCCAUCACCGACUUCUCACGACAUCUUCGUCUCAUGGAUUUAGACAUCUCUGCUUUCGCCUGUUUAUGCGCUCUCACUCUCGUCACAGAGAGACACGGUUUGAAAGAAGCGCAUAAAGUGGAACAGUUACAGAUGAAGAUCAUCAGCUCUCUCAAAGAUCACGUCACGUACAACAGUGAAGCGCAGAAAAAGCCGCACUAUUUCUCACGAAUUUUGGCUAAACUGCCGGAUUUGCGCACACUUUCCGUCAAUGGAUUGCAACGCAUCUUCUCUUUGAAACUCGAAGACGUUGUCUCCACUCCCGCUGCUAUUGAAAGUAUGUUUUGUCCCACUUUACCCUAUUAAACCAUGUCUACAGCAUCACCACAACCACAUCCACUACAACCACAACCACCGACAUUAUCAUACCUUACACUUUCAUUCGUUAGUACCAUAUUUACAUAAAAUUUAAUAAUACUCUCAUAU